AUGCAGGCUUCCGGUGUGAAGGUCGAUCCGUCCUGCAAGAACGCCUACGAUCUGUUGCACAACAAGCACCAGCACAGCUACAUCAUCUUCAAGGUGAGCCCCUCUCGGCCUAAUCGGUCCGAUGCCUGAGCUGUCCCGUUCAGAUCGACAAGAACGACACUGCGAUCGUCGUGGAAAAGGUCGGAGAGAAGAACGCGCCGUACGCUGAGUUCGUCGACGAAAUGAAGAAGGUCGUCGAGGAUGGAAAGGAGUGCAGGUAAGUAUGCAAAAUUUCGAGUGAAAAAGAUCGAUUUUCCAAUUUUCGACAAAAAACGAGUUUGCAAGUGCGAAAAUUGAAGAGCAUCUGUAAUUCUCCUUGAAAUUUAACAAAACUCGGACAGGCGGUGAAAAUUCAUGAAACAAAGCCAGUUUUGUUCAUAGUUGCCACGGGCCGGGCCGGGCCGAAAUUUCCAAAACUCCGGCCCGGCCCGGCCCGGUUCAAAAAGCGGGAAUUAAAAAUUUGAAUUAUUGAUCGCAUGAAGCCAUUUUUUGUAGAAUUAGGGUUUUUUUGCAAGCAUCGAACAUUGAAAAACAAAUGUAUUUCUCAUAAAAAAUUCAUAAUAGCAAAAAAAACAAAGAAGAAACACUAAAACUUUAGUUCGAAAAUUUUUUUUGUAAUAACGAAAAAAAAAAAUUUCCGCGAAAAUUUGAAUUCCCGCCUUUUGAACCGGGCCGGCACUUUACCGGCCCGCAUGGCCGGCCCGAAAUCUGGCAAGUCUGGUUUUGUUCAAUUUAGAACCGAAAAAGUUGCAACGGUUUUGAGAGAAAAAAACGGAAACAUUUUGAAGAUACGCUGCGGUCGACGUGGAAGUGACCAUUCAACGACAGGGAGCCGAGGGGUCCAGCACGCUCAACAAGGUCAUUUUCGUCCAAUAGUGAGUCUUUUUUUCGGACCGAGUACAGAAAAAUUCUUUAAGAACUAGACCUGGUCACAAUAAAUUUUGACCCAGUUUCCACUAUCCUUUCCAGAUUUUCACUCAACUGAGCCAAAAACAGGCAAAAUACACUCAGAAAUAAAUCCGUAAUUAUCGAUUUACACAGGCAAAUUGUCAGAAUGCGAUGGUAAAAAUAAUAGGAACUGCUGCAAAUGAGAGCUCAUCAUUUCUAAAUUUGCAGUUCUCAUUCUUUAUACCACCCAGAUUUCUGUGACGCGGGAGUCUCAUCAAAAACUCGCAAAGAUUUUUCACAAAUCAAAUGGGUCUAUACUUGCAGCUGCCCGGACAACGCGCCGGUGCGCAGACGCAUGCUGUACGCCUCGUCGGUGCGUGCCCUGAAGGCGUCGCUCGGCCUCGAGUCGCUGUUCCAGGUUCAGGCUUCCGAGCUGUCGGACCUCGACGAAAAGUCGGUGAAGAGCGAUCUGAUGUCCAACCAGAGAAUCUGA